AUACAAACGUGCGGCAACUGAAAAAAUUUUUGUCUCAGCUUAAGUAAUAAUAUUAUUAAUUAAAAUAAAUAUGUUACGCGCUGGUUCAAAUAUCUUAACACGUCUAACAAUCAGUGAUGUUAAAUGUGCGAAUUCUGCACUUUCCUUGGAAUUUGUGCGUUGGAGAAGAAAGCCCCGCUGGUUGCCAGUGGCCAAGAGUAAAAUGUUUAAAGUGCCUGAACGUCCAUUUGAGCCGCCAGAAGAAAAAGCUGAAUUAAAACGAUUACAUAAUAUUUAUAAAACACAAUUACGCUCUGUCCGAUUGUAUCUGCGAGAAGAAGUAAAACGAAUACAAGAAACUUCAACUGCUGAUCACUACGUCCUGACACCAGAAGAAGAAGAGGCGGAAUUUCAGCGUUGUUUUGAAGAAAAUGAAAUAUGGAAUAAAAAAAUAGCAGAGGAACGUAACGAACGUUUAGAAAAGGAACGUGCUGAAAGAGUUAAUCUGAUUAAGGAACGCAUUGAGUUGGCUAAAAUUCGGCACGAAGAGCGUUUAGAACGCGCUGAAGAAAUAGUCCGAAAAGAAAAAGAAAAUGCUAAAACAUUUAUAACAUUAGAAAAACUCGAUGAAGCUAUCGAACAUGCCUUAGCAAAUCCAGUGGAUUACAAUUUCUCUAUUGAUUUAAAUAGUAAUAUAUAUCGAGGACGUACAACAGUACCAGGCGGUAGUGGAACGCCAGCGACAACCAGCAAACUUGAACAAUUAGAAGCCGUGAAUUAAAAAUAAUAAUCAAUAAAAAAAAUCAAAAUAAAAAUUAAUUGCAAUUAUUUGUUCUUUAAAUAU